AUGAGUUCUUCUAUGGCUUCUUCUUCCAGCACAGCACUAUCGCGCCUCGAGAAACUCCUCUUUUCGCCCAAGGGAUCCUAUGAGGUCACCAAAGUUAGCGAUAUUCCAACAUGGAAGGAAACCCAAUCCAUACUCGCAAGGCUCCAAGGAAGAGAGGGAGUUGGCGUGCCUACCGGUACGGUGCCAUGCGAACCGGAAACACGAACCAAGAAGAACCAAAAGACAGACUCAAGGACUGCUGUGCUUGCCAACACGUUUUCCCUCGUGUGGGACGAUUUGACCACUCUCCGCGUGGAUUGCAUUGUCAAUGCUGCCAAUAGAUCCUUCACGUGUGGCGGUGGCAUCAACGGUUCGAUUCAUCGAAAAGCAGGUCCUGAUGCCAUGAAGCAGGCUUGUCAGCAAGCAGUCAAAGCUACUACUAGUAUGCAGAUGAAACGAUCCCAAACGGCGAUUGACAAGUCCUCCAAAGACGAUUCCAAUGAUACGUUGGAUCUAGAUCCCCUAAUUGGUGAUUGCAUUGCCACCCCAGGCUUUGGGCUGCCCUGUCAGUAUGUGAUCCAUACGGUAUCUCCGAGCCUUUUAUCGCAAGAUCUGUUGAGCCAAUGCUAUAAACAUGCCUUGGAUAUGGCACUGGAUGUUCUGAAAGCCAGUAGUAUUGCCUUUUGCAAUCUAGGUUGUGGAUCCCAUUUCAUCCCCGUGGAUCAGGCCGCUGAAGUAGCCCUGGAAGCUUGUAUGGAAUGGGCUAAAAGACGGUUGGUUCCUCCGCCAUCACAACAACCAUCUUCAGCAUUGCAGGAAACCCAUCCUACAGUGCCAUUUCGCAUCAUAUUCUGCUGUUACGAAGAGUCUGAUUUGAUAGUCUAUCGGGACAAAAUGUUGGCAAAGCUACCAGUAUCCGCUUGA